AUGGCUUUUCGUAGCACCAAUCUAAACAUAACCUACGACUCAACCUCCUCCAAGUAUCAUAUCAACUACGACGGCAAAACGAUUGAAACCACCGUCACCAAGAAAGCUGCCAUCGUUAACCGAUGGGUGGACGAAAUCCUCUUCCUCCAUGCCAACAACCCAAAGGUGGUGGUCGGACUCGACGUCGAAUGGCGGCCUAACUCAAUCGCCUCCAUGAACAAUAAAUCUGCUACCCUUCAACUCUGCAUUAACACCAAAUGCCUAAUCCUUCAACUCUUUUACAUGGAUAAAAUCCCAGAAUCCCUCAAAAACUUUCUCCUGAAUCCCAAGUUCACUUUUGUUGGAGUUGAAGUAGAGGGUGAUAUAUGGAAGCUUCAUAAUGAAUAUGGAUUGAACUGUGGUAAAAGUGCAGAUAUUAGGGCAAUGGCAGUGAAGAAGUGGCCUUUCAGGUACUAUAGGAAACCAGGGUUGAAGACACUUGCAGACGACGUCGUGGGGCUGUAUAUGAGUAAGCCACUGCAUGUUUGCAGGAGCAAUUGGGAUGCAAUGGAGUUGAAUGAAGAUCAAGUGGAGUAUGCAUGCAUUGAUGCAUAUGCUUCCUACAAGAUUGCUCACAAGCUUCUCUAUGAAACUUGA